GUUACUGCUCCCCUGGUUGGGCUGUUGGUGUGUGUGUGUGUGUGUGUGUGUGUGUGUGUGCCUCUCUCGCUCUCUCUCCCUUCCUCCCUGACAUUCCAGCAGUGGUGGAGAGUGGAGACAGGAGGGAGCAGCAGGAGUCAGACCAGCGAAAGACUCUGAGAGAAAUUUAAAAAGAGUUUGAGAAAGUUUUUCCUCUUUGUCCUGUUCCGUCUCCCUUUUCUUUCCUGUCUCUGUUCUGCGCACCGCUGGUUUUCAGCUCCAUUGCUUCACAAUUUCUAAACCUUUAAUCGCAGCAGAAGCAUCCUCCCAUUCGCCCUGUUCCUCUGUGUGCAUUUCGGGACCCGAACCCCCAGGAUUACACUGACCCAGUGGAGAGAAGAACAUCGUUUUAAAAACAAGGGGCUGUGAAGGCCCUGGCACUUUCACCAUGGCAACCCUCCUGCAGCCCAAUGUGAACAGCCUCCAGACCCCAGCCUCCCUUCUGGCAGGCGAGAACAGAUCGGUGCCCCCGUCGCCCUCCUGCUCGCCCGCCCGAAAUGACUGCGGCAUCGCGCCCCUCACCCCGUCCCCCUCCCCGAGGACAGUGGUCAGGCCUCAGGCAGCCCGCCCCUUCUCCGUGGUGGUGGCCAUUGAUUUCGGCACCACCUCCAGCGGCUACGCCUUCAGCUUCACCCAGGACCCCGAGGCCAUCCACAUGAUGAGGCGCUGGGAGGGCGGGGACCCCGGCGUGGCCAAUCAGAAGAGCCCCACCUGCCUGCUGCUCACGCCUGAGCUGCGGUUCCACAGUUUCGGGUUCGCGGCGCGGGACAGCUACCACGACCUGGACCCGGAGGAGGCCCGGCACUGGCUCUACUUCGACAAGUUCAAGAUGAAGAUCCACAGCACCAGCGACCUCACCAUGGAAACGGAGCUGGAGGCCGUCAGCGGCCGCAGGGUCAGAGCGAUCGAGGUGUUCGUUCACGCGCUGAGGUUUUUCCGCGAGCACGCCCUCAAGGAGGUGAAGGACCAGUCGUCCUCGGUACUGGAGGGGGGUGCGGUGCGGUGGGUGAUCACAGUGCCAGCUGUGUGGAGACAACCUGCCAAGCAGUUCAUGAGAGAGGCAGCUUACCUGGCGGGGCUAGUCUCAACCGAUGCCCCGGAGCAGCUGCUCAUUGCCCUCGAACCCGAGGCCGCCUCCAUCUACUGCAGGAAGCUCCGCCUCCACCAGGUGGUCGACCUGAGCACGCGACCAAUGGCUAACGGCAUAGAGACGGACGGGCCCCGCCUCUUCGACUCCGGCUUCAGGCAGGCCAGAGAGCAGCUCCGCAGGGCCAGGCACAGCAGGACGUUCCUGGUGGAGAGCGGGACGGGGGAGCUGUGGUCCGAGAUGCAGACUGGCGACAGGUACAUCGUGGCAGACUGCGGGGGCGGGACCGUGGACCUGACUGUGCAUCAGAUCGAGCAGCCGCAGGGCACCCUGAAGGAGCUCUACAAGGCUUCAGGUGGGCCGUACGGCGCCGUAGGGGUGGACCUGGCCUUCGAGGCCAUGCUGUGCCAGAUCUUCGGGGCGGACUUCAUCGAGAGCUUCAAGGCCAAGCGCCCGGCGGCCUGGGUGGACCUGACCAUCGCCUUCGAGGCCCGCAAGCGCACCGCCUCCCCCUCGAGCGCCAACCCGCUCAACAUCUCCCUGCCCUUCUCCUUCAUCGACUUCUACAAGAGACACCGCGGACAGAGCGUGGAGACCGCCCUGCGCAAGAGCAAUAUGAACAUAGUGAAGUGGUCGUCUCAGGGGAUGCUGCGGCUCACUCCAGAGGCCAUGAGGGAGCUCUUCCAGCCGACCAUCAACAACAUCGUCAAACACAUCGAGGACCUGAUGAGGAAACAGGAAGUGCAGGGCGUGCGUUUCCUGUUCCUGGUGGGCGGGUUCGCCGAGUCGCCCAUGCUGCAGCAGGCGGUGCACGCGGCGCUGGGGCGGAGCUGCCGCAUCAUCAUCCCGCAGGACGUGGGGCUGACCAUCCUGAAGGGGGCGGUGCUGUUCGGCCUGGACCCCACCGUGGUGCGGGUGCGCCGCUGCCCGCUCACCUACGGCGUGGGGGUGCUCAACCGCUUCGUGGAGGGGCGCCACCAGCGCGACAAGCUCCUGGUGAAGGAGGGCCGGGAGUGGUGCACGGACAUCCUGGACCGCUUCGUGGCCGUCGACCAAUCGGUGGCCCUGGGGGAGCUGGUGAGGCGGAGCUACACGCCGGCCCGCCCGGGCCAGCGCAAGAUCAUCAUCAACAUCUACUGCAGCGCCACCGACGACGUGGUGUACAUCACCGACCCCGGCGUGCGCAAGUGCGGCACCAUCACCCUGGACCUGCCCGAGCCGGCCCCCGGGGAGGCCCCCGCCCGCCGCCGCGAGAUCCGCACCACCAUGCAGUUCGGCGACACCGAGAUCAAGGUCACCGCCGUGGACGUGCCCACCAACCGCACCGUCCGAGCCGCCAUCGACUUCCUGUCCAACUGACCGGGCUUCCUGCCGGACGCCCGGGAGGAAGAGGAAGCACCUGCUCGGCCGCGGAACUCCUCGCUUCGGUCAGGACAGACAGACAGACGGACGGACGGACUACGGGUGGGGUGGUUGGUGACCCAAGUAUUAUUAAAGAUUAUUUUUCUUUUAGAAAUAUGAAGAGACACUUCACAUCACUGAUACUCUGAGUUGCUGCACAAAACCUUAGCCUAAACCAGGCUGAAUCUCUUUCCAUGGGACAUUUAACCCAAAUCACUUCAUUUUUUUUCCUCAUCCUGUAGUUCUUUAAUAUUAGAGGCACAACCAGACCAAACAGUAUAUGCCAUCAUUUGCCAAAAAAAUGGAGUGAUCGUAGCCUUUUGUGACAAUUGGACCAUUUCACCUCAUUCAACUCUACUUUUGCAAAGUACUGUGGGACAGUAAUGGGACUGCCAUCUAGUGGCCAGUAGACCACAUGGCCAGCUAAAAAGCUAAUUUCACAGGAAGAGUUUUAGUAACUGGUCUGCUCACAUAACUGUACCCCAUUUUAUAAAUUAUUACAGAAUAAUCUUGUGUAUUAUGAUAUAUUGAGUGGUAAGACUGUGACCAGCAGGAUAUCCCAUAAUAGUUCCCUUUGCCACUAUUGGGUUACCGUUAUUGUUUUGUUUCCACUGUAGACACAGCCUUAUUGCACCAGAUCGUGUUAAUGACUGUAUGGAACCACUACAGGCCAGUGGCAAGAGACUUCUAAUGGGAAGAAGCACAGCCCCGUUUAUGACUGGAAUACCAAAGCUUCAGAUAUACGGACCUGUUGUUUAGAUACCCUGUUCUGUGGCUACAGGAAGACCAGAUCACAGAAGACUCCAUUCAUUUACCAACAAAUAUUACAUUUAUGCUUUCAUGUGUACACCUUUGUUUAAAUCCCAUAUAUAUAAAAAUUGUAAUGACUGGUG